AUGGUAUUUGAAACAAUAAUACGGUUAGCUAAGUAUUCAGCUAUUAACAAACAACAUACUAUAAAGUUACAGUUCUUUCAAAGUUCAUAUCCAUAUUUAAAAUACAAUCAAUUAGUCAGAUUUCAAGCUAGGUAUUAUAAUCGAGCAAGAUGGUUUUUUUCCAAGAAUCCUUUCCAUCCUGGCAAUAAUGCUUCAUUCAAGGACUUUAUAACAUUAGACAAUGGUCAUUAUGGAAUGUACUACUCCAUCUUUAAUCAUGAAUCAGAAAGACAGCAGCGUCAAUUGGAACAUGAACGAUAUUUAUUACAUUAUUUUUUGUCAGAAAUACAAAUGAAUGAACAAACUCAAUAUGGGGUUGCUGAGGAGUUUGAAGAUUAUCACCGCAGAAGAAGUAAUAACUAUCAGCACCGUCGUCAUCGCCAUCGUCAUCAUCGUCAUCAUCAUCAUCAUAGACACUGCUUAUCUAUUUUCCACAUUAAGUUUAUACUAUUAGGAUUCACUGCUAAAUACUUGAUACUGAAAGCUAUCAUUGACUCACCAUUAAAUAUUGAGAAUGUUAAGAGUAUAACUACCAAGAUAUUAUCGUCAUUGGCCUUUAGACCUCAUAGCUAUCUUGCUAUUGCUUCUACCGCAAAUGCCAUGACCCCAUCCACUUCGAUGCAAACACAUGUCUCAAGUGUGUUUUCAUCUGGUAUAGCCAAAAGAUCAUUCACAACAACAACUCAACCAGAGCAACAAAAGAAUGUUGAUGAUAUACCAGUUCCUAAUAUCGUGGAAUUAAUCAAGAAUUCCGCUCAACAUUCAGCAAAAGAAGAACACCAACAAUCACAACAAGAAGUCGAUACUUUUGAUACAGAUUUCUUGGCAACCCAAAUUACCAACAUCACCAAUGCAUAUGAGAAGCAUACUUCUCCACAAGAAUUAAACAUAAUAUACCCAUUAUAUCAAUCCAUUAAAAGAAAUGAUUUGCAUUUACCUUCUAUCGAAUUAUAUAAUCUCGUGCUUAAUUCAAUAGUCAAGAGAAACUUGGAUUCGGAAAUCAAAUUAAGUUCAAUUGAAUCUAAGUUAACCAACUUAUUAACCGUUUACCUGGACAUACUUAAUGCCGGACUCAAACCAAAUAAUGAAACCUACAAUAUUGUUCUUGAAGCUUUAUUGGAUGGUAGUUUAGCAUGUGUUGAUGUUUCAGCCGAGAAUACGUUACAGUAUGGUGAAAUUGUUACCAAAUCGAAGGAAUUUGUUCAAAUAAGUGUUGAAUUAUUUAAUUCUAUUCCAAGAAAUCAGUUGGAUUUAACCAAGAUAUUACCUAAGUUAUUAACUGUUCUCAACCAAUAUCCAGAAUUAAUUAAUACUACCGUCAUUCACUCAUUAAGUGAUUUGAUUCAAACAUCUAGUCAAAGUAAAGAAUUUUAUAUUUCCGUUAUUGAACUUUCUAAAUACUUUAGUCAAUUUAAGAUCUUGGAUAGUAAAGAUGUAUAUGAAAUUAUUCUGACUGCAUAUGAUAGUUACAAACAAUUACCUGACGUUGAUGAAUUUAAAGCUUAUGGAGCAGUUAUUACAGCCUUGGUUUGUAGCAGCAAUAUUCAACAGGCCGGUCAAUUCUUGGAUACAAUUUUAUUGGAUUACAAGAAUUCAUUACAAUUUGAAACAAGACCGGCUAAGAAACAAAUCGGUGAUUUGAUUGCUGCAUUUAUCAAGAACCACAUCAACAAAACCGGGGAAUUAUUAAAAGGAUAUGAAUUAUUAGAAAGAUUUAAUUCAAUUGCAUAUAUUCCAGAAUUACCAGUUUCAUUCUACAAUUUUAUAAUCUGCAAAUUCAUUAAUGAAUUACCAAAUAAUGAAAAUUUGUUAGAGCCAAUCUGGAAAUUAUAUAAUCGAGUAGCAAUUAGACAAGAUUUCCAAACUACAUCUACUAUUGAAAUGUUGAAACAGAAUGGUGCUUCAUGUCGUGAUUUAUUACUUUCAUUGAGUAUUUCCCGGGGUGAUCAUGAACAUAUUUUCCAAUUAUUAAAAGAAAUCAUGUUGAAAGAACAUUUGAUUGCUGAUUUGGAAGCCAUGAAGAAAGCUUGUGAUUAUUUGUACAAUGGGGUUAUUUUCAAUAAACAACCUGGUGAAUUCUUCAAUCAAUAUUAUUUUGGGUUACUUAGCAAUUUAUUAGAAAUUCAAUCUAGACAUUAUCGUACGUCUACUGAUGUCAAUGAUUAUCUUUCUGAAUUUAUUACAUAUUUUAUGGUUCAAACUCCACCGGAGUUGGCUACCAAUGAGAUGGCAGUUCAAUCCGUCAAUGAUUACAAUGUGAAAUUAUUUAUGAAUUCAACUAUGGUCUGGAACGCUAUUAAUAAUGUUGAUUUAGCUACUGAUAAUCUUUAUGGUUUAGUUAUAAUUGCACGUCAAUUGAUGAAUUAUACUGGUAAUGAAACAGUCUUGUUGGCCAAAAUUGCCCAAUUUGAAGCCAUAUUGAUAAAUCAAUUUGAAGAUCCUGAUAAUCAUUAUAUUGAAUUGACAUCUGAAAUGAUUGACUUCAGACAACUGUUAAAAGAGCAUUUUAAGCAUUUAGUCGAAGCAACUAAUCAAGCGAUUCAAUUGACCCCAGCUAUGAUCGAGACUUGUGAUUAUUUGAAUAUUCAGAAUCAAGUGAUGGGAACUCAAGAAGUUGAUUUGAAGUGUGAGUUAGAUAUAAGUUAUUUAUUAACUAUUUAUCAUGAGAAAGGUGUGCGUAGAUUUUUGGAAUUAUUCCAUCAAGGAUAUAAUUUCCAAUUCAAUACCUGGAAUGCAAUCAUUAAUUAUAAUUUCAUUGUUGAUAUUUUGUUAGUACAAUCACAAAUCAAGAUUAGUCAAUUUGUGGAAAGAUUAUGGUCAUCGAAUAUGAAGUUUGAAAAUAAACUCGAUUUGACUGAACGAUUGAUUGAACAUAAUUUUGGAAAUUUGAAUUAUCAUAUUGCUAGUUAUUUAUAUGAAAAUGGGAUUACUGAUACUAAGCUAUUGGCUAAGUUAUUUGAAUCAUCUGCUGCCAUUAAGGAUAGACCACCAUCAAAAAUUAUGACCCAAGAAACCUAUUUCCCUAAAAUUUAUGAGAACAACAAAGAUGUUGAAUGGAUGGAAGCAUAUUUCAAUUAUUUGGUUAGUCGUGAAAAGUAUGAAUUGAUUUCCAAAUUAUUCAAGCAAUGUGGUUUAAGUGAUCCAAAAGUAGCUGUGUAUUUACUUGAGGCAGAUUUACAAAUAGACUUGAAUCUGUUUGAAUCACAUUUUGUUCAAUUUUUCAAGGGCGUGAAAUUGAAUGAAAAGAUGGGUGAAGCAUUGAUUAGAUAUCGUUUAGCAUUGUCCACUCCAGAAGCUACCAAGAAUAUCCUUGAUAAGUAUGCCAAGCUUAGACACGUUUCAACUGAACUUAGUGAAUUGAUUAGUUAUGCAAAACUUCUUUAUUCUGUUCAAACAUCAACACCUAUUACUGAAUUUGAAGAGCAUAAAUCAAUUAAAGAAUUAUCAUUGCAAAUAUUAUCAAGUGGAGAUAUUGAACACAUGAGAGAUUUAUAUGAGCAUAAUCGCAGGUCUAUUUUGAAAGAAAGCACAAGUGAAAACUUCACCACUUUAUUAUUUGAACAAUUAACCAGAGUUGCCAAACAAGUUCCAAAUGACUCACCAGCUGUUAUGAAUAAAUUCUACAAGGUUUUGAAAUUUAUCAAAUUGAUCAAUAAAGAGUCAUCAGAAUUGCCUGUAUCUGCGUUCCAACAAAUUUUAGAAUUUUUAAGAAUCACCAAAUCGGAAGAAGUUAUAAGGUUGAUAAUUAAACGGGUUUUAAACGAUAAUCAAAUUUUAGAUGUGAUUAAUUUUUAUUUCUUAGAAGUACAUAUAUUCGACCACCAAGAUCAGAGAUCGAUACUAAAGUCGUUAUAUUACCUUGCAAAUGAAUUUGAGUUGGUAGAUGAUAUCAAGCGGAUUGACGAGUAUUGUGAGUUUAUGAAAUGGGCACGAUUCCCAAGGGUCGACCCAAGGCAUUAA